AUGAGUUUUCAAUUCUCUCUCACGAUCAUGCUUUAUUUUCAGAUGGUGAUUAUGGCAGGGACUGUAAUGCUGGCUUAUUACUUUGAGUACACGGACACGUUCACUGUGAAUGUCCAAGGGUUUUUCUGCUAUGAUAGUUCUUACACCAAACCCUACCUUGGACCUGAUGAGAGCAGCGACAUACCACCAAUUCUUCUUUUCUCCCUGGUCACAGGAGUACCUGUACUUGUGAUAAUUGUUGGAGAAACUGUAGUGUUUUGCCUGCAGGUCGCAACAAGAGACUUUGAGAACCAGGAAAAAACUCUUUUAACCGGGGACUGUUGCUAUAUUAAUCCACUGGUGCGCAGGACUGUCAGAUUCAUUGGAAUUUAUACUUUUGGACUAUUUGCUACAGAUAUAUUUGUAAAUGCUGGACAAGUUGUAACAGGGAAUUUGGCACCACAUUUUCUUACAGUUUGUAAACCGAACUAUACAUCACUUGGUUGUCAUCAGUUUACGCAAUUCAUCACCGAUGACAAUGCUUGCACUGGAAACCCAGAACUUGUCAUCAAAGCCAGGAGAACAUUUCCUUCCAAAGAGGCAGCUCUCAGCGUUUAUGCCGCUAUGUACCUGGCUAUGUAUAUCACCAGCACUAUCAAAGCCAAAGGAACACGACUCGCCAAACCUGUCCUAUGCCUCAGCUUAAUGUGUCUGGCGUUUCUAACAGGAAUAAACAGGGUCGCGGAAUAUCGCAAUCAUUGGUCGGAUGUCAUAGCAGGGUUUCUCAUUGGAAUUUCAAUAGCUGUCUUUCUGGUUGUAUGCGUGGUCAACAAUUUUAAGGGACGACAAACGGUACAUGACAACUCUCCAAUUGACAACUUGGCCCAGAUGCCGAUGAUCAGCAUUCCUCGUGUAGAAAAUCCCUUAGAGAAGUUUCUUGACCUACUAAUCACUAAACAUCAGGACAGGUUAGAAACCACAUUGUAUACAAAGCCCACAGACCGUAAUUCUAUCCUCAGGGCUGAAAGCUGCCACCCCCAUCACUUACAAGGGGGAUUGUUAAGUCACAGAUAA